UUAAAAAAUUUACAUUCCAUGACAAAAGAAUUUCAGGAUGCUAAUUCUUUUACAUAAGAAUGAAUCAGCGAAAUGACGAGCGGCGUGCAGAAGAUGGUUUACAGUUGCCGAUGACGUUACGCUCGGUCUCUUGCAAUUUUACAAUAAUUUGUCACGCCACUCUUUAAAACACACCUCAAUUUCUUCCCUAGCUGUAGUAUCUUUUAAGACACAUACAUGACAAUUGCUAAUUGUAGAUUAACAUGCAAACUAUUUUCUUUUACCUAGUUUUUGUUCAUCUAGUUCUUAAUGUUUGUGAUAUUGAGGCGAGAAUUAUUGAGGGGACAAACACGAAUUUGGUAGACGCUCUUCAGUUUCUACGCGAAUACAACAAUGAAGGAUCGGAGAUAUGUUUUCGUGUAAAUACAGCGCGCUGGAAUUACGCCACAAACAUGACCGAUACUAACAAAAAAAGGAUGGUCGACGAACAAAAACACAAAGCCAAAUUCGACAAAGUGUCAUGGAAGAAAGCGGUAACUUUCAAUCGCUCCGUUUUAUCGGACCCAACGGCGAAGCGGCAAUUGACAUUUUUAAUCGCGACCAGCAAAGCCAGCCUCAAUGAUGAAAAAUACAAUGAGAUACACCAUCUAAUCUCCGAAAUGAAAGAUGUCUAUGCCCAAACUCAAAUUUGUCCAUUUAACAAUUUCGACGCGACGUUUUGCAAUAUUCAUCUGGAACCUGACAUAACGAGAUUAAUGGCUCAUUCCAGAAACCCCGCGGAAUUGUUGCACGUUUGGAAGGAAUGGCACGAUAACGUAGGGCCACCUUUAAAAAAUAAGUUCAUGAGGUAUACACAGUUGGCUAACCAAGCGGCUAGAAUGAGUGGAUUUGCGGAUGCUGGUGACCAGAUGCGGUACGUUUACGAAGAUGACGAUUUCGAGCAGGAACUAAUGGACAGCUGGAGUCACUUGGAAGAGUUGUACAAGGAACUUUUCACUUACGUUCGCAGGAAGCUCGUUCUAAAAUAUGGCUCGGAGUUUAUCAGAACCGAUGGACCAAUACCUGUGCACUUAUUAGGCGACUUAUGGGGACAGGACUGGAGGAAUACUUUUGAUAUUGUCAAACCGUACAGUUGGUCCAAAGAUAGCGAAGUGACAGACGAAAUGUUAAAACAAGGAUUUACGCCGUUAAAAAUUUAUCAAAUGGCGGAGGAAUUUUACCUAUCUUUAGGUCUAAAAUCGAUGCCGCCCGAAUUUUGGAAGCAGUCCAUAUUUGACAAACCCACCGAUAGAAAAAUACAAUGUACAACAAGCGCUUGGGAUUUUUGCAAUGGUCACGACUUUCGAAUAAAACAAUGUACACAAGUCGACAUGGAAAGUUUAAGCGUUUCACAUCACGAAAUGGCCCACAUUCAAUAUUACAUGUACUAUGCGGAACAACCCUACCUCUAUAGAGAAGGUGCGAAUCCCGCGUUCCACGAAGGAUUGGCGAAUGCCAUAGUUCUUUCCGUUAUCAAUCCGACACAUCUCCAACAAAUCGGUCUAGUACACAACAACACUAGCACUUUCGAAACUAGCAUCCAAUUCUUAUUGCAGAUGGCCCUUCGAAAAGUCGCAUACGCGCCUUUUGCGUACUUGGUCGAUAAGUGGCGAUACAAGGUCUUUCGGGACGGAGUCAGUGGCAUGAACUCCGCUUGGUGGAACCUGAGAUUACGUUACCAAGGGGUGAUUCCACCGGAACCCCGCACCGACCAACACUUAGAUCCCGCUGCAAAAAAACAUAUACCAGCUGACAUACCAUACAUGAAUUACUACGUAGCGUUGCUACUAGAAUUUCAAAUUUUCGAAGCACUAUGCAUCGCUAAAGGCCAUACCGGGCAGUUACACACGUGCGACUUGUACAGAUCUCGCGAAGCUGGACGGAUUUUAAGCGAAGCGAUGCAAGUCGGGAAAGCAAGACACUGGAAAUACGUUAUAAGGAUGAUAACAAAAGGGAAAAGUGAUUCGUUCUCAGUCAAAGCGAUCUUGAAAUACUUUCAACCUUUACAACAAUGGUUGCACGUACAAAAUGCAAAUGAGGAAAUCAUCGGAUGGAAUACGAAUGAGGAAGAUACGAUGCUUUUCCAACCACUCCACUCACGAUCAACUGUUAUUAAGCAAUCACUCUUUCUCACGAUGAUUGGUGCUGCGCUAUUGUUUUAAUUAAAUUAUAAAUGACAUGUUAAAUAUUAAAAGUUUAUUGGAUUUCUUUAA